AUGGCUUAUAGGAGCAAGUGGUCCCAGAGGAAGAAGAAAGGCCCUAAGCUUGAGCUCAGCCCCGCUCAAAAGCAGCAGAUGCGCGAUGCCUUCGACCUGCUGGAUUCCGACGGCACCGGGACCAUCGACGUGAAAGACCUGAAGGUGUCCAUUCGGGCCCUGGGCUUUGAACCCACCAGAGAAGAGAUCAAGAGGAUCGUGGGCGAAGUGGAUAAAGAAGGCUCGGGGAAGAUCGGCUUCGACGCUUUUUACUCCGUGAUGACCAAGAAGAUGUCCGAAACGGAUCCCAAAGAGGAGAUCCUGAAAUCCUUCAAGCUGUUCGAGGACCCGGAAAGGGGCAAGAUCGCCUUUAAAGACCUCAAGCGCGUCGCCUCCGAGAUUGGGGAGAAGCUGACGGACGAGGAACUGCAGGAAAUGAUCACCGAAGCGGACCUGAAUGGAGACGGGGAAGUGAGCGAGCAGGAGUUUCUGAUGAUCAUGAGGAAACACGGCUACUAG